AUGAAGAAUCAAGACUCCCCACCUGAAAAACCGUUUGUAGAUGAGCCUCCAAAAUUGGAACUCAAGGCUCUACCAUCCCAUUUGAGGUAUGUAUUCUUGGGGAAAGAUAGCACUUUGCCUGUGAUCAUUGUUGCUGACUUGAGUGAAGGGAAAAUACUGGUCGUGGUAUCAGUAACGGAGUGGUUUAAGAGGGCUAUUGGAUGGACUAUUAUAGACAUUAUUGGGAUUUCACCGGGCAUCUGUUCUCACAAAAUCCAACUUACGCCGGACAGUAAGCCAAGUAUUAAGCACCAAAGGAGACUAAAUCCCCCUAUGCAAGAGUGUGUACCUAAGAAAGGUAAGAUCAUUGUUGUUUCUAAAGCGAAAAAGAAGCUGGUUCCAAUGAGGCCAGUGACUCGAUGGAGAGUAUGCAUAGACUACCGCAAACUAAAUGCCCGGAUAGAAAAAUAUCACUUUUUGAUGCCUUUCAUGGAACAGAGGCAGGAUCGUCUUGCUAGUAAGGGUUGGUAUUGUUUUCUAGAUGGAUAUGGUGGAGACACAAUUGAUGUAUUUAUGGAUGAUUUCUCUGUGGCGGGUGACUCAUUUGAUGGUUGUUUGAUGCAUAUGGCUGAGGUACUGAAACGAUACGAAGAGUGCCAUCGUGUGUUCAAUUGGGAAAAGUGCCACCUCAUAGUGAAAGAGGGUAUAGUUCUGGUUCAUUGGAUUUCGCAGAAAGGUUUCUACCGGAGGUUCAUAAAAGAUUUCUCGAAAAUUGCACACCCAUUGUGCAAGCUACUCGAAAAGGAGUUAUUGGCUGCCUCUUAUGAUCUUAUCCCUUGGUUCACAAAUUUUGCUAAUUACUUGGCAAGCGAUUUGGUUGCAUCGGAUUUGUCAUUUCACCAAUGGAAAAAGUUUAUAUAUGAUGUGAAGAAGUUUUAUAGGGAUGAGCCUUACUUGUUUCGUGUUUGUGGUGAUGGGAUUAUUCGUCACUGUGUGCCUUAG